AUGCGGGAUCGUGUAUUGAUUAGGGUAGACGAAGAAGCAAAUUUGUUAACAUUUGAUGACGGGACACAAACCUUAGAAAUUGCCUUCGAUUUUGGCCACCGUCUCCACCAGCACCCACAGCAGCAGCAGCAGCAGCAGCAGCAGCAGCAGGAGAAGCAGCAGGAGAAGCAGCAGGAGAGGAAGUGCCGGUGUGCUGCUGCAUGCAUAUGCGGGGAGUGGGGCUACUGCUGCAGCAGACAUGCUGCACUAUUCGAGUGUCUGUACACCUCAGCCCUUUGCUCUAUUUUUGUUAAACCUAUUCCUGUUAUACUGCAGCAGGAAGCAUUAGCUGAAUUACGCCUCGUGAGACUUUCUCUCGCUCCUUCUUCAAACCCUAACGCGGAGACCGAGUGGCUGCUGCACGUUGGUCAUUUCUACGUCAGUAGGCAGCAGCCGGUGCAUGCAAUUAGCAGCAGCAGCCCCACACAGCAGCAGGAGCAGGUGCAGCAUCAACUGCAGCAGGAGGAGCUAUACGAGCAGCAGGAGCACGAGCAGGAGGAGACCCCUUCAGCAGCAGCAGCAGCUGCUGCAGCAGCAGCAGCAGCAGGAAGCAGCAGCAACAAUUAA